AUGUCUCGAAAACCACCCCCUCAAGAUGAUCUGGAGAUGAACCAGAUGGCUCAAGCAGAGUUGGUGAGGCUACAACGACAGUACCGGAUCAUGGAAGGUGAUCGCCAAUCCUACACAGACGAGAUGAAGUUCUACUUAGAUAAACAGAGGAAAGUAAUUUUUGCAUUAGAAAGAGAUAAAGAUGAACUGAUAACAAACCUGAACAUCUCAAAAUCUUUGCACAACGAAUGGGCCAGUAAUGUGCAGUCACAGAAACUACAUGGAUUACUCUCAAGACAGGAUGAGCUUGAAGACCAAAUCAAAACUGAAAAAUCUCAGCUAACAGAAUUGGAGUCCCAAAUACGGAAAGUGGAACGAGAAGUUUUAAACUUAAAGAAGAAAGAUGUCCCAGAAUUACAACUCUGUGAAAAAGCGAUAGAGUGUGCUCGUAACAUGGAUCUUCUAGAGAAUAGGCUGUAUGUGGCAACUGUAAACUUAAACAGAAUGCUUACAGGCAAUGGAAACCUUCGGCAAGAAAUAAAUCAUUUGUUGAAAGAAAGAGCACAUUUCAACAACCUGUAUCAGAUGCUCAUCGGACAGUAUACAAUGGGGAAAAAGAUAAUGCUGGACUUAAUUGAGCAAGCUACUCUAGCAUAUGACCAAAGGGAAGAGGCUCAAGCCAAGUUGCAGGCGUUGAAGGAGAGAGACCGUGCAGACCUGCUUCUACACAGUCAAGAGAUGCGAGAACUACAGCGGAGAUUUGACCUUGAUUCCAAGCUACAGGAUUUCUUAGGGAUUAAGGGGCAGAAGCGGAUAAUGGCUGAUCUUGAGGCUAAGGAGGCAAUCAAGAAACAACAACAAAAGGAAGCUACAGAACAACUUAUAACAACAUACAACUCAAUUCUUGAGCAAAUUAAAGAAUUUUCUGGAGAAACUGAUGUUGAUCGGUUAGCUGCCAGAUUUUUGAAACAAGAAGAAGAGAAUUUCACUCUUUUUAACUAUGUUAAUGAGUUGAAUAAUGAACUGGAGGUGUUGCAAGAACAGACAAAUGAGUUGAUGCUGUCAAUAGACGAGCAGAGAAACAUCAACAAGGAGCGAGCGGCACAGCAGCAGGAGACCAUCACUUCUCUGACAGAAAUUCUGAACGGAAGAAGAGGGGAGACGCAGCAAGGACUGGAUGUCAAGGAGCUGAGUAUCUCCAUUCUCAACAGUCUGUUGGCAGGAGUGGAUACUUUAUUCUCAGAGAGCAGAUCGGAUACAGCUCCUAUACUUCAUCUGUUGGGUGAAGAAGCAGCCGUAUCAACUUUUAAUGUGAUGCUGUUCCUGGGUAUCAUCCAGCAGCAGAUUGGUGACCUGUUGAGCAGCCUGAAUAUACCAGAGUCUACCACACCUGUACCUGAGAAACAGACCACCAAGGCUAAGAUGACCCCUCCCAGCAAAACUCACUCCAGUCUCUCGAGUCCAAUGUAA